UGAGUUUUGCAGUCUGAAUGCUUGCUUAUUUUCAAAAUGGAUGCGCCCUUAACAGCACGUGAGCUGUUCACGGAGGCUGUGAGAGCUGUUCUGGAAACGUGGCCAGUACUGCAAAUCGCAGUGGAUAAUGGAUUCGGUGGAGUUCACAGCCAGCAAAAAGCAAACUGGAUGGUUGAUGUUGUACAGCAGUACUUCCGUGAAAAUAAUAACUUGGAGCAGUAUGAAGUGGAGGAUUUCCUAGCGGACUUGAUGAACAAUGAGUUUGACACGGUGGUUGAUGAUGGCAGUUUGCCUCAGGUGGCAUUGCAAGUGAGUCAGUUCUUCAAGCAGUGUGAACAAGGGAAGUUGUCAGAGGUCAAAGGUCAGAUCGCCAAGCUGUCACAGAAGAAGGCUACUGGGAGGGCCAAGGCAACACCAGUGCAAACCCCCGCCAAUGAGGAAGAGAGUGAGGAGGAGGAGGAGGAGGAGGGUGCAGAGGCUAUGGACUGUGGAGAAGCAACAGAGACGAAGUCCUCAGCCAAGCUGCCCAAUGAGCAGGACCCCCCUUCCCCACCCAGUGCAGGCCAGGAUGAGGACGGUUGGACGGUGGUGCGCAGGAAGAAGUGAAAGAAGGGUCUUUCCAAAAUUUAAAGAGGAAGAGGAGUGUGAGGAAGAACCUGGGACUUGUUUACCGAGCCAGCUGAACUGACCGUACGCUGGUAGACUCACACUUUACCUGUCCUCUAAGGUAUAGGUCUGUGUGUGUGCGUGCGUUUACCCACAUAACGAGCCCAGGACCAUGUGGGCCUCAAGAACUGUUUUUCUCUUUCUUUCUUUUUUUUUAAAACGAAAAACUGCGCACUGUUUUUCAAAAAGGAAUUCUCCCAUCUUGAUGAUAAAAGCCUUGAUAUCGACCAGAUCUGUAUCAAGCACCGUCUAUAUUUAUUCAUCAUUUAAUGUGGUUUGUAUUAUCUCUUUGCAUUUUUAUUGCAGAAAACAUUGUAAGGGCAGGUAUACGAUAGAUAAUUAUUCUCUAAUAUUUAACUGAAACAUUGACGCUGUUACAGUGUUGGGAUUUGUCAACUGUAUUCGGAAACGGUAAUAUUGUAAGAAGAAACAAUCUUCAUGAGGUAUUCACCUUACAUUGCAAUAUUUCAAAAAGCCAUUGACUUGAUGUUUUUACUUUUGACCCUGAUCCAUGAAUAUGUUCAUAAAAACGCUCCAUCCCAUAAAGGAUUGUGACUCA